AUGGGGCCACACAGACUAGAUCUGGGGACUCCAGCAGAAGAUGACAGGCGGGGUGCCUUAAAACCCACCCAGAGGCUGCCUCUGGGUCCAUCAACCUCGACCCCCAAAUAUCCCGGGAUCCUUCCACCAUUUGAAACUGCUUGUCAACAGCCCACCUCUCCAGUCUUGGGGCUUCUUCACGUGGGCACAGGGGUGGGAGGGGGACCUGGAGAGGAGAGCCCUGGCGGCAGAAGCGGGGAACCCCGUGCUCCUGGACCAGGAUCCCACAGCGGUGUGACCGGUCCGGAAUCCCCCGGACCUCGUUUCCCUGCCCAGAUCCGCGCCUCGGUCUUGCCGGCGCGCCCGCGGGCAGCUCUGCCACGGCGCCGGCUGAUUAGCGAUCCUGGGGCUGGAGCCACUGUGCCUGCCGCAGCCAGCGCCACCCGAGCCAUGUUCCCUGGGAAACUGCAACCGUGCACUGCGGAGGCAGCCGCCCUGGAGCGGGAGCUUCUGGAGGAUUACCGCUUCGGGCGGCAGCAGCUGGUGGAGUUGUGCGGCCAUGCAAGCGCCGUGGCUGUGGCCAAGGCGUUCCCCUUGCCUGCUCUCUCCCGGAAGCAGAGGACUGUGCUGGUCGUGUGCGGCCCAGAGCAGAACGGGACUGUGGCGCUGGUCUGUGCCCGGCACCUGCGGGUGUUUGAGUAUGAACCGACCAUCUUCUACCCCACCCGCUCCCUCGACCUGCUGCACCGCGACCUGACUACCCAGUGUGAGAAAAUGGACAUCCCCUUUCUAUCCUAUCUGCCCGCAGAGGUCCAGCUCAUCAAUGAUGCCUACAGGCUGGUGGUGGAUGCUGUGCUGGGCCCCGGCGUGGAACCUUGUGAGGUUGGGGGCCCCUGCAUACGCACGCUGGCCACGCUCAAACUGCUGUCCAUCCCCCUUGUGAGCCUGGACAUUCCCUCAGGCUGGGACGCGGAGACCGGCGGCGGGGAGACGGAGGACGGGCUCCGGCCGGAUGUGCUCGUGUCGCUCACGGCGCCCAAGCGCUGCGCGGGCCGCUUCUCCGGGCGCCACCACUUCGUCGCCGGCAGGUUCGUGCCCGACGACGUGCGCCGCAAGUUCGCUCUGCGCCUGCCAGGGUACACGGGCACCGACUGCGUCGUGGCGCUGUGACCGCCACGCGUCCCCGCGCCAAUAAACACAUCGCGCCGCCGCCACCUGGCCUCUGCCUCCUCUGUGCGCCGGGGUGCCGCGCGGGUGGGCAGACGCGGGGAGGGCCUUCCACCGGGCCCCCGGCGGCCCAAGGCCGAAGGGAUGGAGGGUAGACAGAAGGACUUCUCGCCGGCCUCCGAGGAAGCUCGAGCCGCCAGGUGGAGGGUAGGUGCACGGUGGGACUUCCAGCCUGCGCGGGGCGGCCUAACGCCGAGAGGAUCGAACCUGACUCGACGGACGGUUUCUAGCCGCCUAAAGGGCCGCCCGAGGCGUCAUGGUUCCAAGAGGCACGUCCCGCGGCACCUCGGGCCCCUACGUGGAGAACGGGGGGGUGGGCCAGGCUGAAGGAGGGGCUUCCAGCGGGCGGCGACGAGGGACGCGCGCCAGCCUGAGGGCGGAGGCGCAGCCGGGCGCACCGAGGGGGGCGACCCACAGGGCUUGUUCGCUGGCGGCGGCCUCCCUGGGGCCUGGAGGGGCGUGGCCGGGGCGGGGUGGGGCCUGCGGUCGUGUCCCGCCCCCACCCUCAGCCCCAGCGCCCGCCAGACCCGCGGGAGUCCGACGCGAGCGCCCAGCGGACCCCGGACCACCGCUCGGACGCUCGGACCCGGCCAUGGCGUCACUGCUGCCACUGCUCUGCUUCUGUGCCGCCGCCGCCGCACACCUGGCGGGGGCUCGAGGCACCACCUCCCCCGAGGAGCCCACAGCACCAGCCUGGGGCUCUGACGGUCCAUCGCUUCGCCCUGGCCAGCCCUCGCCAGCCCUGGAGGACUGGGAAGAGAUGGGAUUUCCUUGACAAAGAGAGAGCGUGCAAUGCAGAACCUCAGCCACUUAUCUUGGCCUUUCCGGACCGGACUCAGGCCAGGUUCUUGCCCUCAGACGCUACCCAAAGCUCCAGCAGGACAAGGACAUGCAUUAAAGGCCUCAGGUUUCAUGGUCCCAGGAAGAGGCCGACCCACCACCCUUGAGCAAAAUAAACUCAGGGCGGGGUGCCAUGAGAUCAGCCACCCUUAAACCCCGCAGCCUGAGCUGGCUGUGAUGGCCCCAUGGACAGGGCAUCCUCAGCCCAGGAAGGCCUGAGGAGUGGACCGAUUGGCCUCAAAGGACAAACAUUUCACUUUGGAGAGACCCAGAUGAGAGGAAAUAAUUACAGCAGCUGACAACAGAAGCGCUUUUUCUUCUCCUGGAACCCCCAGGUCCCUCUGAGGUAACUGUAGGCAUCUAAGAGCAUUUCAGACCCCUGCACAGAGCACCCAUGGGGGUAGAUUCCAGCCCACACUCUUGAUUUCUAAGCCUGCUGGGGUGGCCCUCUCACCUACCCAACCCAGGUGACUGACCACAGUUUGACAAGAUUCAAAUUAACCACUAAACAUUUACUGAGCCCCGUAUGUACUGAAGAAAAAGUGAAAACAUGCAUCUGACAAACACCUGGACACACGUUCACAUCAGCACUGUUCACAACAGCUAACAGGUGAGAACGCGCCAAGGGGCCCUCAGAGGGGAGCGGGGAGCACCCUGCGGGCCAUCCACACAGCGGGACAUUCCUCGGCCGGGAAGAGGAGCGAGGCCCUGACACACGCCUCGACGUGGAUGAGCCUCCGCUGAGUGAGACGCCACACAGCAAAGGCCACGGGUUGUGUGAUUCUGUUUAUACGAAGCGUCCAGCACAGGCGCAUCCGGAGACAGAAGCAGGUCAGCGGCUGCCAGGGGUUGGGAGAGGGGCAGGGGGAGUGACUGCUCACGGGGACGGGGGUUUAUUUGGGGAGUGAUAAAAAUGUACUAAAA